AUGAGUGUCUCAAUGGAGUUGUUAUCUGCUGGUUGUAGUUCUCUGCCGGCAAAAAGACCAUCUUUUUGUUCUUCUUCUUCAAUGGCUUUGUUAGCUCCAUCCUUGAAGUUCCAAUCUUUAUUGCUUAAACCUAGUGGUCACAGGUUGUCUUUUGAAUCUCCAAGGGCUUUUGUCCCAAAAGGGCUUGUUGUUGGUUUUCGUUAUGGGAAUUCGUUGAAUCGAGCAAUUGUGGCUUUUGCUGCCUCUCAUGAGGAUUCUCAUUCAGAGAUUGAAGUGGAAAAGGAAACGAAAGAUAGAAAAUUAGGGGGUGAAGAAUCAGAGGAAGUGUGGAAACAGACACUAGAAUCUUUCAAAGAACAAGCUUUGAAGUUGCAAAGUGUUUCACAAGAAGCAUAUGAGAUAUACUCAAAGAAAGCUAUGGUUGUUUUGCAAGAAACUUCAGAGAAGUUAAAGAUUGAAGCAGAGAAAGCAAAGAGUGAUUUGGGCGAGCUAGCAAAGGAAUUCGGUGAAGAGAGUAUAGAUUAUCUCGUGGCGGCUACAGAGAAUUCUCCAGAACCAGUGAAGGAGGUUGUCGAAACGUUAUCUUCUUCGACUGAUAAUUUGAAUGAUAUUUCCAAAGUCCAGGAUUUCCAACUUGGAAUACCAUAUGGUUUAUUACUUUCUACUUCUGGGUUCAUCUCCUUCAUGUUGUCUGGGAGCAUCGCUUCCAUUAGGUUUGGUGUCAUUCUUGGUGGUGCACUUCUGGCUUUAAGCGUAUCAAGUUUAAAAGCUUACAGAAGAGGAGAGCCAUAUCCCUUAGCCUUGAAAGGACAGGCAGCAAUAGCAGCUAUUAUCUUUCUUAGGGACAUUAGCAUCAUAAUAACUCGGAGAGCUUCAUUUUUUACUCCUCUUGCAACCCUCAUCAGUGGUGCAAUGGCUGCAUUCUAUCUAUAUAAGAUCGCCAUGGAUGGUAAAGAGAGUAAAGGGUCAGACUUGGGACAUGGAGCAGAAGAUUGA